GUUCCUCUUCCCUGAUGCGACUGCUGCGAUUGCGACAGGCCGCCCCCAGCUCCCAGCGCUCCCUGUCCCCGCCCGCUCCACUCCCACUUCCUGAGCCUGGCGGCUGGAGCCCUGGAGGCCAGGCCCGGCCGCUCCCGGCCCCGGGGGGCACAUCAGCCCCGCGUCCUGUCCCAGCAACGGGGCUUGGGAAGCUGCCGCAAUCGCUGCCCAGGACGUCCGGGACUCCCACCUUCCCCCCAGGCCUCCAGCCAUCUGGUCGACUGGCAGAGUGACCGCCAUGCGCCUGCAUUGGGCCGCCUCUCCCCGCGGCCUGGCCUGGGGGCCACUGGCGCUGGGCCUCUACGGGCUCCUGGCAGCAUCCCAGCCCCAGCUGGUGCCCCCAUACCGCUCCGAGAACCAAACCUGCUGGGACAAGGAAAAGAAGUACUACGAGCCCAAGCAUCGGGUCUGCUGCUCCCGCUGCCCCCCAGGCACCUAUGUCUCAGCUGAGUGUAGCCGCAGCCAGGACACAGUUUGCACCACAUGCGCCGAAAAUUCUUACAACGAGUACUGGAACCACCUCCCCACCUGCCAGCUGUGCCGCCGCUGUGACCCAGUGAUGGGCUUCAGGGAGAUCGCGCCUUGCACUAACAAACAGAAAACCCAGUGCCACUGCCAGCCAGGAAUGUUCUGCGCCUCUUGGGCCACUGAGUGUGAGCACUGUGAGCCACUUUCUGACUGCCCGCCUGGCACCGAAGUGGAGGUCAAAGAUGAAGCUGGGGAGGCUAACAACAACUGCAUCCCCUGCAAGGCAGGGCACUUCCAGAACAACUCCUCCCCCACCGCCCGCUGCCAGCCCCACACCAGGUGUGAGGACCAGGGCCUGGUGGAGGCAGCUCCAGGCACCGCCCAGUCUGACACAAGCUGCAGAAACCGAUCAGAUCUGCCAACUGAGAUGCCAGGCAUAGUUGAUGGGCACUAUAGACUCCAUGCUACUGAUGGCGGUACUGAGGCCCAUAGAGAGAUAGAAAUUAUCCACCGCUGCAGAUCAGAGCUGGAGAAACCAAACUCCUUGCCUGGAACCUGCCCUGAGCAAGGGGGUGGAGAACUCACAACCCCUACCGUCCCUGGUGGCCAUAGGCAGAGUUCAGAAGUGAGAUUCGCCUACACUCCCACAGGAACUGUGCUGAUGCCGGUCAUCCUGCUGCCACUGCUCUCCUUUCUGCUCCUCGCCACCAUUUUUGCCUGGAAGAGCCACCCCUCUCUCUGCAGAAAGCUGGGAUUCCUGCUCAAGCGGCGUCCAGAGGGAGAGGAAUCAAAUGCAGUUGCUGCAAGCUGGCAGCCUCCGAUGGCCAACCCGUAUUUCCCUGACCUGGUAGUGCCACUUCUGCCCAUCUCCAGAGACACGUCCCCAGCCUCUGCCAGGCUCCCGGCGACCCUAGAUUUGGAGGACGAGGUGCUACAACAGCAGAGUCCUCUGGGCCAGACCAGGGAGCUGGAGCCCGAGCCUGGGGAACAGGGCCAGGUGGCCCACGGUACCAAUGGCAUUCAUGUCACUGGUGGGUCUGUGACUGUCACUGGCAACAUCUACAUCUACAAUGGGCCAGUACUAGGGGGAGCACAGGGCCUUGGAGACCCCCCAGCUCCCCCAGAGCCUUCAUACCCCAUUCCUGAGGAAGGUGCCCCUCACCCUCCUGGGCUCUCUACACCCUACCAGGAAGAUGGCAAAGCUUGGCACCUGGCUGAGACAGAGACACUGGGGCACUCCACCUGCUAACAGAGGCCCAAGGAGCCAGUUCGUCACCCAUGACUGAUGGUGUCUGGGAAAAGCAAGGAGAAGGGUGGCAGAGAGCACCCUCUCCCCUGAGGCUGCCCCACCCACACAGGAUUCACAGGGCCUGGGUAGGGCCCUGAGAGGCAGAGCCCUAAAGGACAGGACCUCAGACACCUCUCUGAGAGCAGGACUUGGCACAGGCUGGGUACAGUGCCCUCCACAGGACUCUCGCCACUGCCUGGGCAAGCCAGAGACCUUAUUCCAGACCCACCUGCCCACUGGGGCUGCGCCAGCUCAGCAUCAGGCACGGACAGGGCAUACGAUGCUAACUGUGGCCCACCAUGGCACUCUGCACCCUAAGCAUGGCACAGAAGGGAGCCAGCUACACGGUCACUUGCAAGAACAUCACCAGGACUUCUGAAGGAUUUGAGGUGCUCAUCCCCAAGCUUCAGAGACCCUUUGAGGGUCCACACUUCACACGGACUGAGGUAGACCCUAUAUGAAGACGAAGUGAUAUGGAGACCAUCUCUCUCCUCACCUCCUGGAGGAGAGCGAAGGGAGGCAAUACAGCUGGGGGGCUGGGGAGGGUUACAAGUACGGGGGAGAGUUUUAGAAGGGGAGGAGAAUGGUGAGUGUAUUUAUAACUUGUAACCACAUGCAAAUAAAGAGG